GAACUCUCUUACGGGAGGAAAAAGAACUGAAAAGGAUUCUCUUGGGUUUAGUCAGGAGAGAUAAGAGCCCCUUAAAUAUUGAAUGUUGGACAGAAAGCUGUCAUAAAAUACCGAAUUCACAGUUUUUAACUUGGGUGGCUUAUAUGGAACGUGGACUCCUUCCUUCUGGAUUUUGUAUGGAUUAUUUUCGGUUCUGGCAAUUUAGUGGCCUUUCUGUUGCAAAAGUGGAAAAUCAUCUUCUGCGUCGGUAGACCAAAAACUGACUUUUUUGAAAGAGAAUUUUCUUAAACAAAAAUAUCUGUGGUGUGAGACAUGGCUGAAAACUGGAAGAACUGUUUUGAAGAAGAACUUAUAUGUCCCAUUUGCUUGCAUGUCUUUGUGGAACCUGUCCAGCUUCCUUGUAAGCACAAUUUUUGUAGGGGAUGCAUAGGAGAGGCGUGGGCCAAAGAGACGGGGCUGGUGCGUUGUCCUGAAUGUAACCAGGCCUACAACCAGAAGCCCAACCUUGAGAAGAACUUAAAACUGACCAACAUUGUAGAGAAGUUCAACUCGCUGAACCUGGAAAAGACCCCCACAGUCUUACACUGUGUCUUCUGUCGCCGUGGGCCACCUUUGCCUGCCCAGAAGAUCUGUCUGAGGUGCGAGGCUCCGUGCUGCCAGUCCCACGUUCAGACACACCUGCAGCAGCCCUCCACAGCGCGUGGGCACCUCCUGGUGGAGGCGGAUGACGUCAGGGCCUGGAGCUGCCCCCAGCACAAUGCCUACCGGCUGUACCACUGCGAGGCUGAGCAGGUUGCUGUUUGCCAGUUCUGUUGUUACUACAGUGGGGCACACCAAGGACACUCCGUAUGCGAUGUGGAGAUCCGGCGCAAUGAGAUCAGGAAGAUGCUGGUGAAGCAGCAGGACCGCCUGGAAGAGCGCGAGCAAGACAUUGAGCAGCAGCUAUACAAAUUGGAGUCUGACAAGCGGCUGGUUGAAGAGAAAGUGAACCAGCUGAAGGAUGAGGUGCGCCUGCAGUAUGAGAAGAUGCACCAGAUUCUUGAUGAGGAUUUGCGCAAGACUAUGGAGAUCCUAGACAAGGCUCAGGCUAAGUUCUGCAAUGAGAAUGCUGCCCAGGUGUUGCACCUCAGCGAGCGCAUGCAGGAAGCUAAGAAGCUGCUCAGCUCCGUUCAGGUCAUGUAUGACAAGACCGAGGACAUCAACUUCAUGAAGAAUACCAAGUCAGUGAAAAUCUUAAUGGAUAGGACCCAGAACUGUACAGGAGGUAGCCUGCCCCCUCCCAAGAUUGGCCAUCUCAACUCCAAGCUCUUCCUGAAUGAGAUUGCCAAGAAGGAGAAACAGUUGAGGAAGCUGCUGGAAGGUCCCUUCAGCACCCCGGUGCCCUUCCUGCAGAGUAUCCCCAUGUACCCUUGCAGUGUCAGCAACUCGGGAGCUGAGAAGCGCAAGCACGCCACAGCUUUCCCAGAAGGUAGCUUCCUGGAGCCAUCCUCGGGACCUGUUCCCAGCCAGUAUGUGAGCCAGGGGGCUUCAGCUGGUGAAGGCCAGUCUGCACAAUCCAUGGUGCCUUGUAGCUCCACACAGCACAUAGUAGGACUCCCCAGUGGCCCCCAGCCCGUUCACUCCGGCUCAAUGUUCAACCCUUCCCACUACCCCAACAGCACCUCAUCUCAGCAGUCUGUGCUGUCUCAGUAUGGUGGGCGCAAAAUCCUGGUCUGCUCAGUGGACAACUGUUACUGCUCCUCAGUAUCCAAUCACAGCGGGCAUCAACCAUACCCCCGGUCGGGCCACUUCCCGUGGACAGUGUCAUCCCAGGAAUAUUCCCACCCACUCCCGCCUGCUCCAUCUGUACCUCAGUCACUUCCAGGAUUGGCAGUGAGGGAAUGGAUUGAUGCAUCUCAGCAACACGGACGCCAGGAUUUCUAUAGAGUUUAUGGUCAGCCUUCCACCAAACACUAUGUCACCAGUUAACCAUCUGGCUUGAAUAGAAUCUUGUUAAUUUUCAAAGAUUUUUUUUUAAAGUCUAGAU